GCUAGGAUUCUUAGCAUGGAGGGGCCAAAAUUUCAAAGUCACUUCCACAUAGGUUUUUCCUCUGCUGAGCAAGGUGGGGGCAUCUUUGUAAAAGAAUCAGCUGGGUUCAUAGUGACUGAUGAUUUACGUGUGAUGUCCCCGUUAUUGGUGGCAAGCAAUCUUGUAUUUACAAAGCUUGGAGCCAUGAAUGAGAAUAGCACUACUGAACAAAAGACUUUGAAUAUAGGAGCUCAUGAGGUUUUGAAGUUGCUUCUGCGCUCAUUAGUAUCAAAGAAACCUCUAUCUAAAACUCUACUGAAGCUUGAUCCUGCACCAAUUCCAAAUCCGAAUUUGAGCCUUGAUCAACUAAUAUUGACAAGUAUUGAAUCUCUGCUGCUUGGAGACAUAAUGAAUGAGGAGGAAGAAGAAAAGAUUGUUGUUAAGCUGACAGUUAGCGUCUCAAAGGAUAUUGUUUAUUAUGCCGAAGCAGGGGAGGAUUUUGCUAAUUUGCCCCUCAGUUUUUUGACUGUUCCACUUGGUUUCAUAUUAAAGCAUUUGAGGGAUGCCUCUUUCAAAGGAUGCAUUGAUCAGUUGUAAAAUAGUGUCCAA